GCAGAUGAUGCCUGUGGGUUUUAUUAUUUUUUAUCUACACAUUUGGCUUGUGAUCAUAAUAAUUGCGACACUUAUGAUAUUAGAAGGUGGAAUUUAUUGAAUUGCCUUUCAAGCCAACUUGAACUGGCUGCCCAUACCGUUUGGCCGUCUGACAGCAAAAUCUAGCCAACUCAAACUCAAACUUGAACUGAACUGGAUGAAAUGGCGAUGUGGCACAAAAUUGUGAUAUUUUUAUAUUUGCUUUCAAUCAGAAUGACUGUGAUGGCUACUGGCCAAGCUAAGAAGAACAUACUCUUCCUCAUAGCUGACGAUGCAGGCUUUGAGACUCCCGUGUAUGGCAACACAGUGUGCCAGACACCAAACCUGGAUCGUCUGGCAGCCCAGAGUGUAGUCUUCGACAAUGCCUUUACUUCAGUCAGCAGCUGCUCACCAAGCCGGGCAGCCCUGCUGACUGGCCUGCCAUCCCACCAGAAUGGAAUGUAUGGCCUUCACCACUCAGUACACCACUUCAACUCAUUUGACGGUGUGGUCUCUUUGCCGGCCUUGGUCCGGCAGCACGGAGUCCGAACAGGUAUAAUCGGGAAGAAGCACGUCGGCCCGUCCAGCGUGUACCCAUUCGACUUCUCCUAUACGGAGGAGGACGGCCACUCGAUCCUGCAGGUCGGCCGCAACAUCACUCACAUCAAGGAGCUGGUCGGCCGGUUCCUAGCCACCACGCCGCGCAGCCAGCCGUGGUUCCUGUACGUCGGUUUCCACGACCCACACCGGUGCGGCCACACCCACCCCGAGCUGGGCCAGUUCUGUGAGAGGUUCGGCGCUGACGGCGGCAUCCCCGACUGGACGCCCGUCUGGUACAGUCCGGACUCCGUGGAGGUACCGUACAACGUCCAGGACACGCCGGCCGCGCGGGCUGACAUAGCCGCUCAGUACACCACUGUGUCGCGGCUGGACCAGGGAGUCGGGCUGGUGCUGGCGGAGCUGGAGAGAUUGGGUCUGACCGACAGCACCCUGGUUGUAUACACGUCCGACAAUGGAGCGCCCUUUCCCGGCGGACGUACCAACCUCUACGAGCCAGGCGUGGCCGAGCCGCUGCUGCUGUCCGUGCCGGGCGUGGGCGGCCGCCGCCAGGCCUCGCCCGUCUCCCUGCUGGACCUGGUGCCCACGGCGCUCGACUGGCUCGGCAUCUCCUACCCGCACUACCACCUCAACAACAGGACGGCGGCCGUCACACUGACCGGACGCAGUCUGCUCUCGCUGGCGCAAAAAGGUACGGAACUGCUCAGCUGGGGCCAAAAGGUACGGAGCUGGCGUCUCAAUGGCGCAAAAAAGGUGCAGAAAUGGUGCGCUGCUGUUCAGGUGCGGAGAUGGUGCUUCACUGACCCAAGGAGGCACGUAGCUGCCCCAUGACGCAAACCAAAAUGCUUAGUCAACAAAAAUUUUCCUCCACCGAUGGUGUAGAGGGGUAAGGAGACGAGAUCCUCCCUCACUGAUCUAGGAAGGUGCGGAGUCCUGUCACUAGCGCCAGAAGUCUGUCACAUAUUCUCACUGGUGGAGAAAGAUCCGCAGUCUCCAUAUCAACAGAAACUGCAAACAACAGACAUGGUAAACAACAGAAAGCAGUGGUAUAGAGCUUUGUUAACAAUAACAUGUGAACAUGAAUGUGAACAUAUGAGGUCCAUCGGGCAAAGUCUGGGCGGGACCUCAGAUCAGACGCGUCGGCCUUGAAAUCGCUGAGGAAUGCUAUGUGACGUGUCGUCUUCGACGGGGAACUAUUUUGCAUAUCUACGCCUCUACGGAUUUCCGGACGGGACACUGCUUUCCACAUAAUAGUUAUAUUUCACUUCACCAUUUCCAUGGACCAUGUGUCCACAAUCUACGUAUCAACAAUUUUCAAUCUACAAUCUACAAUACAAUCUACAGACAAUCGACAAUCUACGUAAUUAUAACCGUUAUGAACGGUUAUAAUGCAGUGCAGUAUGUUUUACAACGAAUGCGAGAACAUCACUCUAGUUUCAUUUUACCUACGUUGCUUCGUUUACAUUAUUUUGCGUUUCGUAUAUCCGAGAGUUCGAUAAAUUGAUCGAUCAAGCUAUCACAGGGAUUAAUAGCAAAUUGAUUGAGUUAUGCUAUGGUGGAUAAGCAUGUCAGUGCCAACCGCUUGAAAAAUAACUCCUCAGUGGCUUGCACUAGACCUAACGCACGGCUGGGGGUAGCGGGAUCUGACAGAGGAAAUGGUACGGGCCGCCGUCACAGAUGACGUCGUGCCACUGCCCCAGUCUGGCGUCGUGGCGGCUCCGGGGGCCCUGUAGUUCCAGGCACAGUUCGUUGCCCGCGGUUGACUGUCCGGCGGCCCAGUUGGUGAAGUCGAACGGCGUGCCAUCCUGCCAGCCCCAGUCCUGGCCUCCCUUCCGCAGCCUCAUCCCGCCCACCCACACGUACGUGGCGUCGCUGUUGGCCACCAGCUCCUCGACAAACUGGUGGCUGUCGUUGUGCACCGAGGCGAGCCGGGCCCGGCGGUCCAUGGCCGGACACAGCGCGCUGGCGCCGAACCAGGUGGCCGUCACGGCCGGCAUCAGGUAGCAGCUGUGCCGGUGGCGGCUCCAGCCGGCCGGACACUGGCCGCCGCUCGACUGGGCGGCCGUCAGCUGCUGCUGCAGAGCCUCCACGGCCCGGCCGAGCUCGGCGCAGGGCACGCUGUCGGCCGGCGCGGUCAGGUUGCGGACGAUGUCGCCGAGCGUCACAUCUGGGCGGCCGAGUGCUGUCGGAGCGGCGGCCAGCAGCAGCAGGGCGCCGCACAGUGAGACGGCGCGCAGCGGCAUGGUGGACGGGGCGCCGGCCGACCGCGGGCGC